AUGGAAGGUCACCAGUAUAAUAUUGCGCUAUUUGUCUUCUUUAUUCCAUACAUCCUGUUUGAGGUGCCGAGCAACUUGUUGUUGAAGAAGAUCCGGCCGUCGACCUGGUUAAGCGGCAUUAUGACUGCCUGGGGGGUUGUUACGGUUUGCCAGGGGGUGACUAAGAGCUUUGAGGGGCUGGUAGCGUGUAGAGUGCUUAUUGGGGUUCUUGAGGCAGGAUUCAUGCCUGGCAGCGUAUACCUAAUAAACAUGUACUACCGACGCCACGAACUCCAAUGGCGCCUUAACUUCUUUUUUAGCGCAAGCAUCUUCGCCGGUGCCAUGAGCGGCUCCCUCGCAUACGCAAUCGCCAAUAUGGAGGGUAUUGCAGGGUACAGGUCGUGGCGGUGGAUAUUCAUCCUUGAAGGAAUUGCGACGGUUCUUGUUGCGAUAACUGCGAAGUUCAUCAUCUUUGACUGGCCCGAGUCUGCAAAAUUCUUGACUGAUGAUGAGCGUGCUGUGUUGCUGAGAAAAACUUGCAGAGGACCAAGGCGAGGCGCAAAUGAAUCGGCUUGUCUGAUAAUGUACUUCGGCAUCGUGAACACCGGCUACGCAGUCUCCUUCUUCACUCCUACAAUACUCGAACAACUCGGCUGGACAGAGAUACGUGCCCAAGUCAUGAGCAUCCCCAUCUACGCCGUGGCAAUGGUAAUUGCGAUCUCGGCAGCGUACAUCAGCGACCGUCUCAAGCAUCGCUAUGCUUUCACGCUCACAGGGUGCCUGAUUGCCACAAUAGGCUACGUACUCCUGCUGAGCCAAUCGUCCAUCCCCGUCGGGGCACGGUACUUUGCGCUCUUUGCCAUAACAGGCGGUGGGUAUCUUACACAGCCGAUUCUCAUGGGCUGGCUGAAUAAUAACAUGGCCGGGCUCUAUAAGCAGUCGAUUGCGUCGGCGAUGCAGAUUGGGUUUGGCAAUUGUGGUGGGCUUGUUGCGAGUAAUAUAUUCUUUAACGAAGAGGCGCCGGGAUACAAGACCGGGUUUGGGGUUAGUCUUGGGAUGACCUGGAUCUGCGGGCUGUCUUGUUUUGCCUUCUUGAUGUAUCUGAUAAGAGAGAAUAAGGCCAGGGAGCAAGGUAGGGGGGAUGAGCGGUAUGAGCUGCCCGUCGGGGAGAGGGAGAACCUUGGGGAUGACCAUCCGAGCUUCAGGUUUACUUAUUGA